ACAGUAGCAUUGUCUGUAUUUUGAUUUCGGACGGAGUACCAAGUGGACUUGAAAAUAACCCAGCAGCAGUAGGAGCGUCGGCUAUUAAUAGUAACCUAGCGUAUCUUUGUCGAGAGUUCAGCAGCAUGAGCAGCGUCGGCCUCGAGAUCAUUAGUUUAUUUGCAGUGAGGUUCGUUAAGGUUCCUAUGCAUCGUAAGAAGUAUCAACGGCGAUCACGAUCCUGAUCACGAAUGGAUCCGGAGUCUGGUCUUGGGAAUUGAUAGUCCACGUGUCUCCCUACUAUUCUUCCCGUAUCUUCCUGUGUAUUUCUCUGCCUCUUCUGUCCGUUCUGUAAUUAACCGCCGUGGACGUGGAGCAGUGUUGCACGAAACGUCGUGGCAGCUGGUGAAUUCAUAGGCGACCACAAGAUCAGGAUGAGGUCCGAGGGUUUUUAAAGUAAAUCUAAAUAAAGAGCAAUGUACAGUGUAUAAAGUAUAAGGAGCAUACACACAGUGGGGAUGAAUAAGAAUGGUACACACAGCCUCCAGCGUAACCAACACAUCUCUCAAUGGCGUACAUACGACUCGGGUUGCCAGCAAGCAACACCAGGAAUUCCCCGCAGUCGUGGAAGCAGAAAUAGGCAGAGAAGUUGCGGUUUGCUCGGAGGAAUCGACGUCGCUUGGACGACGGGGUGGAAGAUUUUCGCUGUUUAAAUGGUUCAAGAAAGGCAGUCGCGAUAGAACCAUUGACAAGAGUGAUAAGAAGAAGAAGAAGUCACAGAAGGCGUCCGAUGACGAUGCCGACGAGGAGGAAGAGGAUCAGAGAUUGAGUGUCCCUCAGGACGUGCAGAACGUCGUCUCCAGUACUGAGAGUGUCGAUACGCUGUGCAGCACUACGACUGUACACAGUUUUGCUUUUCAUACUGAUACAUUGAAGGAUUAUAGUGGAUUCUCAUUGGACGUCCUGAGACAAGCAUCUGAAGUUGGUCCUUUUGGUGCCGGUGCUUCUAAGGUGAUAGAGAAAGACGUGGAGGAAAUAGCUGACUCUAGUUACACGUUACCCAGUGUGCUAUCACGUAGAAAGAAUAUCACAGCUAGGUACUCCCUGCAACCGUCCAGCUUUAACUCCUGUGGGAACUUGGAAGGAUCCAGGAAGUUGUACGGGUCCGCUAGCAGUGUAGAGAGUCAUCAUCGUCAGGGUAACUCCAGUAGACGUAAGAGAGCUCACGUGAAGGGAAAGCGAAGAGCGCCUAAUCCGCCUGGUGACAAGUCCAGGAAUCUUCAUGUCAACGAGAGGCAGUGUGAAUCCAGCAGGAGUAGCAGUAGACGAAAACGACCGGCACCCCGGCCACCUGAACGAACAUCUUCUACGAGGCUAUCCACGGACCUGGUGAAAGGUACGACGACAGGUAUGGAUAUCGUCAUGGACAUUGAUAAGGAUAAUCAAAUUAUUAGUAACGAUACCUUAGUUCUGCAAGGUGGUGUAUUGCUGUCUAAGAAGGACAGGGUAAUUGGUGCUGAGAAGCCAAUAGAGCCUUCUGGAACGAAAGUUGCUUGCACCAGGAGUCAGACUUCCUCAGAUACGAGCUCUGUCAGCAACGCUAUGCCCAGACCUUGGUACAAACGCAGUGUAUUUGAGAAUUCCCGUGAAUCGGGGACGUCGAAGAGAGCUGAUCUCUUCAGGAACUUGGGGACCUCCGACAGGGAGGUAUCUAGCCAGGGCAACGUCUCCGAGGAAACUGUGACUCACGGUCACGUCAACAGAACCUCGUUUGACGCGACUCUGUCGAGACUGAGUUUCUUUCACCGAAGCGAAAGGCAAGAAGAGAAGAAGCGAGAGAGCAAACGGAAAUCUGGUCUUUCCAUCCUGACCAACAUAAGCGAAUUGGAUAAGGAGGCCGCUGCGAUUGUUCAGGAGGAACAGGCUAAGGGCAGGGCUUCCAUGUUACUCAACUCAUCGAGGUACAUGGACGCUGACAGAGCUGCCAACGAAGAAGUUGUUCAAGAUAUCGUUACUUCCGCCAUUGAGAGUUCGCCCAGAAGAGGAACACGUGCUCUGAUUUCGAAAUUCAAUGCUAUUGGGAAUAUUACUAAGGUGACAGUGAAUACCAGCUUCUUUGCCAAGAGUGGUGGUGGGAGUAGAGGGCAGCAGACUCCAAAAUUUGAUAUCACUAGAAAUAAUCCGUUUGAACAUGGCGGCGACAAAACGGGCAAUGUCAAACUUUCUAGUCGCAAUGGAAUCCGACAGAACGUUCGCCUGGAUAAAGAUAUAUCCCGGUAUUUCUUUCCACAGCGAACAGAACCGACUGAUAAUAAAUGGUCCACGUCUGGCGAUGAAACAGCAUCCAAGCUGUCGGCCAGCAACAAAGUUCCUCCUGGCAAGGGACAGUUGUCUCAAGGAAAUCUUCUGGGUUCCUCCAGCAAAUUGAUCUCUUCUCAAGUUCCUGUUGAAAAUAAUACAAGCAGUUCGUUUGGCUCGAAAGAAAGUGUCGUGUCUAAGAAAGAAAUUCUUCGUGCUGGGAAGCACGAAGAAAAGAUAGAGAAAGAAAUACUGACCAAGAGUUCCUCUCCACGAUCUCGUGUCUUGGCAGAGCAGACGAAAAAUCUGAUUCCUCAAACUAAAGACAAUCUGGAAUCGAAACAGAUCCCUAAAGACGUGACGCUGUUGCAAAAAGAAUUAUCAGAUAUUAAGGAUAUCGACAAAAUCUUCAGUCAAAAAGGACCCAAAUUAAACGAGCAACCGAAAUUGUCUACAGUGAAGGAGGAAAUUGAUAAAGAAAAAAUAACGAGAUUCGACCCAGGUCCAAGCACAUCCAGUCAAGUGACAAAAGUCCUAGAAAUCUUGCUAGAGGCUGAAAAAGUGGAUAAAACCAAAUCCUCCCAAAAUUCAGAAAGAAAGUCAAUCGAACGAUUAAACGAGUCAGAAAGUCUAGAUAAAUUAAUAAAACCAAAAACAACGGCCUUGAAUACCAUCGAGGAUCCAAUUACAACGGACCUUAAGGAGAUGCUGAAGGAAAUGAAACACUCUUUACCAAAACGACCUAAACCUAAGAAAUCAACGUCGAACGAACCGAUUGCAGUAUCAAAACAGUCAAGCAAAGCCGUAACAGAAAGUGAUACCAACGUGACAGGAAGCAGAUCACCCUACCCAGUGAGAUCUAAUCGGGCUGACUUCACGCACAAGAUCCAAGUCGAGAACGGGUCUGCAUUUAAUAAAGAUCGUGAAUUCGAGAAACAGAAGGUAUCGUCUGCAGCUCAAACCAGUGGAAACGUACGCAAGAUAAAUCCCGGUGAAGCAGCAUCUAAAUCAGGAUGGAAAUUAGAAGACGUACUGUACACGACUACCGGAAGAAGUCCAGCAGGUACAGGAUUGGUAAAGAAUACAUUUCAGCUUAUACGUCCGCGCGAUUUUGCUCAAAUAGAAGCAACGAAGACGAACAAGAGUAAGGCUGGUUACAAGGAGAACACCUAUGCCAACGUGAUCGAAGAGUCGCUCUAUGCGAACGCCCUGGUUCCUCCUACGAAGUCAGGAACCCCGGACCAAGGAAACGUUAAGACCCCUGAAACGAAGGAGACGAAAGAUUCGGAAAUAUCAGGUUCACGAGAAUUGCGAAUAAAGAUAGACAAAGUACCUGUGACUGUAGAGACUGAAGUUUCUAAAAGAAACACGGAAGCUCGUUUUAUGCCGGAAAUCAGUCCAUCAGUCGCGACGGGUGAUUCGGCACAAAACAUGAAUACAUUGGCUGUGAAUCGUUUGCUCAGGAAGCUCGAAGCCGCCAUAGCUUCGGGUCAUCAUCAACAGGCUGCUGGAUUGGCCAAGGAGUUGGCCAGGUUGAAGAUUCAUUGUUCAGUAGUGCGACAACGUACUGACAAGACUUCCGGCACUGUUGAUACCAUCAACGUCAAUAUGUAUAUCGAAGAUAAGUUAGCUCAUCAAGGUCCAAUUCCACUCCAACUUCCUGUCGCAACGACAGUAGCUCAGCUGAAGGCUAAGAUCUUCGCAGAAUUCGAAAUUCCUGCCAACGUGCAACGUUGGAUAAUCGGCAAGAACUUGGCAGACAAUGACAACUCCACAUUGGAUGAACUACAGGCUGUCGAUGGGUCCCCCAUAUUCUUGUACCUUGUAGCACCAGAGUUGCAGAACGAGGAAAUAAUUCCAGCAGAUAAACCUGCAGUAGAAAAGACAUCAGAGACCAUUGAAGUAUCGAAGGAACCUGAAGAACAACCUCCGGAAGCACCUGCACCCGAAGUAGAGACAGAGAAAAUUGAGGAAGUACCCCAGGAGGAAUCCACUCCAGAGGAAAUAAAACAGGAGCGUUACGAGGAGCUGAUGUCCUUGGAGAACUGCGACGUGAUACCAAAUUCCGAAGUGAUCGAAUGUCCAAUAUGUUUCAUGACGUACGGACCACGCGAAGGCGUCAUCCUGAGAGAUUGCUUGCACAUGUUCUGCAGGACCUGCAUAGCUAAUACGAUACUCUAUUGUGAAGAGGCCGAAGUGAAGUGUCCUUUCAGAGACACGGUCUACACGUGCGAGUCUACGUUGCAGGAGCGCGAGAUCAAAGCGCUGGUGUCGCCAGAGAUUUACCAGCAGCAUCUAGCAAAGUCGAUUACUCAGGCUGAGAACAAUGCUGGUAACAAUGCCUUUCACUGUAAAACACCGGAUUGUCCUGGAUGGUGCAUUUACGACGAUAACGUUAACAACUUCCUGUGUCCCGUUUGUGGUGUCAAUAAUUGUCUCACCUGUCAGGUCGUACAUACCGGUAAGAACUGUCGUGAGUAUCAACAGGAGCUAAGACUCUCUAAGGAAACUGAUCAGGAAUCCAGAAGGACUGCGGCUAUGUUAGAGGAAAUGGUUGACAGGGGUGAGGCCUUGGCUUGUCCCACGUGUGCGGUGGUGCUUAUGAAAAAGUGGGGCUGCGACUGGCUCAGAUGUUCCAUGUGCAAAACAGAAAUAUGUUGGGUCACAAGGGGCCCACGUUGGGGUCCUGGUGUAAGUAUGACAUACGAGAGCAGUACUUGGCAGCGUCUAAGAUUCUGGGCCUUGUCAUUCAGUAAUCCAGUCUUAAGGCGCGACUGCAUGUAAAAUGUUAAAAUGUCAUUAGCCGUUUAAAAGGUUGUUACUCAAAUGAUAUUAUGUAUUUCAGGGUAAGGGAGAUACCUCGGGUGGUUGCAAGUGUGGCGAGAAUGGGGUUAAGUGUCAUCCCCGUUGUAAUUACUGUCAUUAAUGCGAAUACUAUUUACAAGAAUUGAAGUAAACUCGAUAAACUAACGAAUAAGCGCGCUUAAGAUUUGUCUGCUUUUGCUCAAAAUAAACGAAUAAUCUUUUCGAGUAA